UAGAAUGGCCGAGAAAUGCUGCUCCUAUACGUCACUGUUGCAUUUAUGCCCACCAUUCUGGGCUUUCCCAGAAGAAUUCCGAUCGGGGGAUUGUUCGACAGCGACGAUAUGAUUCAGAAAGCGUUCGAGUUAUCGAUCAAGGCGGUGAACAAGAACCUCACUGCCUCUAAGCGCGCAAUGGGCGUGCUGCUGACACCCAAAGUCGAGAAAAUCAACGAGAAUGCAUUCCAAGUAGCAAAUAUAGUAUGCGAGCUGUUAAGCAGCGGAGUGGCCGGAAUAUUCGGUCCCCAGGCCAAAUCGACGGUGGACCACGUUCAGAGUACGUGCGAUACCCUGGAUAUACCUCACAUCGCCGCCAGAUGGGAUGCCGAACCGAAACGCGGAAACGUGGUGAAUCUAUAUCCGCACGCCGACACGCUCUCCACGGUCUUUCAAGAUAUAAUAGAUGAGUUUCAAUGGAAGGAGUACGCGAUACUUUACGACAAUACCGAUGGCCUGAUUCGUAUGAAUCGUCUGCUGAAAUUGUCGAACAUGAGCACUUCGGCGAUGGUGUUUCACUUGGACGGUGGACCGAAUUUUAGGAGGACUAUGCAAGAAGUCAAAAGGACCGGUUGCAAAAAUCUCAUAAUUGACUGCUCGUACGACAUCCUUGCCUCCGUUCUCGAGCAAGCGCAACAGGUCGGAAUAAUGUCGGAAAGAUACAACGUGAUCGUUGCUUCUUUGGAUCUGCAGACCCUGGAUUUAGAACCGUACCGGUAUUCCGGAGUGAAUUUAACGGGUGUGCGUUUAAUCGACCCGGAGAGCUCGACUGUCCAACACAUUCUACGGGCUCGGUCUCUUAAUUGGAAUUUGACAGAUGGUUCCCGUUUGAGGGUGGAGCCGGCUCUCGCUUACGACGCCGUGCAACUUUUCGCAAACGGCUACGCACGACUGCGUGACAGCGUCAGAGGAAAUUUCAGAAAGCUGUUUUGCAAUCGUACGGAAACUUGGGGGCACGGCUUCAGUCUGAGUAAUUAUAUGCGAAACGAGCGCAUACACGGACUGAGCGGGAUGAUAAAAUUCGACACAAACGGAUUUCGGAGCGAGUUCCAAUUGGACAUCGUAAAUCUAAGAAAGCAAGGUCUGCGGAAGGCCGGCGAGUGGAGGACGAAUGUCGGCAUACGGUGGAAGCCGGGAUACAAGAUUCCCGGUGUGGACGAGGAAAAGAGUUUACGCGACCAACAUUUCAUCGUCCUGAUAUCGUUAACGGAUCCAUACGGAAUGCUCAAGCAAUCAUCCACCACAUUGAUUGGAAACGAUCGGUACGAGGGCUUCGCGAUCGAUAUAAUUCAAGAGAUGAGCAAGAUACUGGGGUUCAAUUACACGUUUCAAGUGCAGAGCGACAACAUUUACGGGUCACUUAAUAAGAAGACCGGUCAGUGGAACGGCAUGUUGGGGAAAAUAAUCGCCGGCAAAGCGGAUUUAGCGAUCACGGAUCUGACGAUCACAGCGGAGAGGAAAAGCGCCGUCGAUUUUACGACCCCGUUCAUGAAUUUAGGUAUAAGCGUCCUGUUCAAACAGCCGACGACCGCUCCGCCGAGCUUGCUAUCCUUCUUAUUGCCGUACUCGAAAGAGGUUUGGGUGUAUCUGAUCGGAGCGUACAUUGUCGUGACCUCAUUGUUAUUCCUGAUCGGAAAACUCUGCCCGGUGGAAUGGACAAAUCCAUAUCCCUGUAUUAGGGAGCCCGAAGAAUUGGAAACACCCUUCACUCUCGCGGACACUCCGUUCCUCGUGAUCGGUGCCUUAUUGAAGGCUCCCACCGGAUUUGCGCCCGCAGGGAUUUCAACGAGAGCCUUGGCUACGGCAUGGUGGUUCUUCAAUCUGAUCAUCGGAUCAACCUACAUCGCUAAUUUAGCCGCCGCAUUAUCCACGAAAUCCACCGUGUGGCCUUUCAAAGUAGCGGAGGAGCUCGCCUACCAGCAGAAAAUUAAGUACGGCGCGAAGAAGGACGGUUCGACACUCUCGUUCUUCAAGGACGCCUCGCAUGAACCGUACGAGAUUAUGUAUAAUUACAUGAUGAAUCACGCUGACGAGGUGCUUAUGGGGAAGAACGAAGACGGCCUGCGGAAGGUGCAGCAGGAAAAUUACGCGUUCCUCAUGGAGUCCUCGUCAAUCGAGUAUAUCAAGCAGAGAGAGUGUAACGUGACGCAGGUCGGUGGACUUUUAGACGCCAAAAGUUACGGGAUCGCGAUGAGAAAAGACGUGCGUUAUCGUACGAACCUGAACGGCGCCAUACUCAAGCUCAAAGAAAACGGCGUGAUGCACGAAUUGCAAACUAAAUGGUGGAAAGAAAAGCGCGGCGGCGAUAAAUGCAGCGAAAAACCGCAAGUAAAAGUCGCGCCAUUGAAUUUCGAAGACGUCGGUGGAGUAUUUCUCAUUAUGAUAAGUGGGGUCACGUUGUCCUGGUUUUACGCGGGAUGGACGUUCCUCUGGAAUAUUCGAAAUAUCGCGGUCAAACAGAACGUGUCCUACAAAGAGGAGAUCAUAGAGGAGUUGAAAUUCCUAACCAGAUGCAAGAGCAAAAAACUCGUUAGGAGGAGGAAGAAGUCUGCCGAGAUAAUCGAGAGAGAUAGCGCCGAUUCAAGUUCAUCAUAAAGCGCGUGUCACUUUCGUAAUGAUUCUUUCACGGUAAAUAAAAUUUCGUGUAUAACAAGUGUGUGUAAUAAGUGUCAUUGCAAAGGCCUUGCGCUCGCGACGUUAUUUUAUGAGACAGAGAGCGCGUUAUAUAAUGUUGCAAAGAGCCUGAAGCUUUUCAAAAAAAAAAUCCAUUUUAUGGAACGUAACAUAAAAAUUUUUCUUUCUGUAAAUCAAAAAUAUAGUAUCUGAAAUAUGAUAAAACGCAUAAAUAACACAAUUUCUUUUUAUCAAGUACCGAUCCUACAUGCCUUAAUUCUGAAUAUGUUACUGAGAAAGAGCAGAGUACCUUAACUCAAAUUGUCAUCCAGGAGAUGGAGCUGAGCGAAAUACGCACAUUUUCGAAAAUACACUU